AUGUCUAGUAAAUACAGUGCACUUCCCGACAUUGACACUCAGCCUGACGUGUACGAGACACCCGAUACUGGCGAAGACGCAGAAGUUUCUGACGACGGUUUUCCCAGUCUUGAAGAACAACAGAGCGAGGAUAUUGUUAAUGAUAAAAUUACCGUUGGCGAUGCUGUUGAUAAAUUUAAGGAAAGCACUGGUGAAGUUGCAGAAACAGAUGCUGAGAAAGCCAUUCGAUAUAAAAAACAAUUGUAUAAACAAUAUGUGAAGCGACCUCCUUUGGAAUAUGAAAUUCUUCCAAGAGAUCCUGCAUUACAGGAAACUUCUUUGCAAAAAUUGAGAAGAUUGAUGUAUGAGGUACAGGAACUUAAUGAAGAAGUAGAAAAAAAGAAGGAGGAAGCUUCAAUAAAUCAACCUAAUCAUAAUGCACUAGCAUCGCAAAUAUCGAAUCUGCAAGAAGAUCUAUCUCGUAUUAAUCAAUCCUUAGGUGAUUCUGAUCCCAUAGAUGAACAAGAGGGUUCAAUAAUAAAGCAAGCCGAAUUGGGUAAAAAAUUAAUUCACCAAUUGCAGACUUUCAAAAAUAUUGGUAUGCCCAAAACAAAUGGAACGGCAGGAGAAACAAACGGAAUUGGUGAAAGCGUGAUAGGGCAUGCUCCUAACGCCGAGGCUGAGAAAAAUAUGGUCACAUAUGAGUUGUUUUAUUCACCUGAAACUACACGAGUUCAUACCUUAGCCAAGACAGCUGAAUUGGAUGAACGUAUUUCUGCUUUGGAGAAACUCGUAGGCACAGCUCAUGGGCAAAAUUUCGAAGAUCUUUCAAUUUCUAUAACAAACACCAACCUCAUUGCUGCUGUCGAUAAACUUGAUCAGCAUAUGCAACUGUUGGCACAGACUCGUCAUUUGGAGUCUGUUUCUCGAAAAGCAAAAACUCUUGUCGGAGAAUUAGAAAAAGUGAAUGAAUUGAAGAGUAAAGAAUUUAUGAAUGGCGCUGUCAUCGAUUUUGAUACCAAAGAAAGAGUUUACAAGGUUGAUCCACUGAUUUCCAUUGCACCAGCUUUGGUCAAUCGGUUGAAAUCGCUGCAACAAUUACAUCAGGAGGCCGCGGUAUUUAGUGAUACUAUCAAGAUGAUAUCUGAUGAACAAAACAAAAUUCGUGACGAGUUGAAAAGUCUGAAUGAAGUUUCUGAAAACCUUGAUAAGUCUUUCAAGGUUAAUGAAGAUUCCAUUCAACAAAACAUCAGUAUCAUGGAUGCUCGUGUUAAUGAUCUUGCCAAACGGUUAGAAAAGUUAGGAGUGAAAUAA